AUGAAGAGGAAACCGUCCAAUUCAACGCCGACAAAACACAAAAUUCUGGCGAUACCUGCCCUCGGUGGUACCACCUCAACCCUGACGGCCUCACAUUCUAAUUCGUCGGCACUGAGCGCCACCACAUCGCCGUCAAAGUAUCACGACGGCAUGGUCGUUACCGAUCUACUCAAAGUUUCUUCUGAAAAUUUUGCUAGCCAGAUGACCGUAAUGGAUAUGAUCAUCUUUAAAGCCAUACAACCAGAGGAACUGACCACGUGUUCCUGGACUGCGAAGGAUAAAUUAACGGUAGCCCCCAAUGUCGUCGCUUUCACCAGGAGAUUUAAUCACAUAAACUUCUGGGUGCAGAAAGAAAUAUUGUCAGGAACGUCGGUGAAGGCAAGAGGGGAGAUAAUGAGUCACUUCAUAAAGAUAGCCAAGCACUUAUUGGAGUUGAACAACUUGCACUCUGCACUCGCCAUCGUCUCUGCCCUUCAGAGUGCCGCUGUCUAUAGGCUCGAGAAGACGUGGAGUAUGCUCUCAAAAAAGGAUAGACACACGUACGACAAACUUUCAGACUUAUUUUCAGCCAAUGAUAACCAUUCAAAACUUAGAGAACACAUCAACAGCUCACGUCUACCUAUUAUCCCCUAUCUUGGCUUGUACCUGACCGACCUAAUUUACAUCGACGUGGCACACCCGAACAGUUCAGGAGGGGUGGAGACGGAACGGAGGAGGGUCAAGAUGAAUAACAUCAUCAGGAUGAUCACUGAGUUCCAACUGUCAAAUUAUGAUCACCUGCCAACCUACCCGAACAUACAGACCUAUUUAAACUCCGUGAGGUACAUUGAAGAAUUGCAGAAAUUCGUUGAAGAUGACAACUACAAGUAUGUCUGCUGUGUGCGUGUGUGUGUAUUUGUAUGUGUGUUUGUUUUGUGUGUGUGUGUGAGAGAGAGAGAGAGAGAGACAGAGACAGAGAGAGAGACAGACAGACAGACAGAGAGAGAGAGAGAGAGGAGGUGGUUGUAG